GCGUGCGCGUGUGUGUGUGCUCAAGGACGCUCAAGUUUGGACAAACAACAUGUCGACACGCUCGCUCGAAUGAGAAACCGAUGAAUUUAUUAUAUUAUAAUUGACUGUAAUCAUUCAAACUUUGUGUAUGUACCUAUGUGAUAUUCAAUAUUCAUGGCGUCGAACAAAAUUAUGCACGAAGUAAGCCAUGGUGGUGGAGCGUUUUCUUGCCAACGCACGCCCGCCGCACUCCGCACUCCGCACACUGCACAGUUCGCGCGAAACAGCCGCACGCGCCGGACGCGCCGCACGCGCCGCCCUCCGCCCGCGCCGCACGUCCGCACGCGCGACCGCCAGUCCCGGCCCUGCGCCGGGAUGACCGAGACGAAGAGUCGCCUUCGCCGCAGCGCCGACAUCGGAUUCGUUAGAGGGCCUCGGCCGCCGGGCCGUGCGCGGCACACUAACUGCACCAACCGAGCGAGCCGCACGCGCCGCACCAGCCGCUCGCUCCGCACGCGCCGCACCAGCCGCACGAGCCGCACAUGAGGGCGCUGUCGCUGCUGCUGCCGGCGCUGCUGCCGGCGCUGCUGCCGGCGCUGCUGCCGGCGCUGCUGCCGGUGCCGCUCGCCGCCGCCGUCGGAGAGGAGAGCCUGGCGGGGCCGACGCUGGCGGUGACGGCGAGCGCGGCGCGCGACGAGGUGCUGGUGCGGCUGGCGGUGCUGGCGCUGCGGGCCGAGGGGCUGCGUGCGCGCGCCGUGCCGCCGCCCGCCGCCUGCGCGCCGCCCGCCGCGCCCGACGCGCGCGCCUGCCGCGACGCGCUGUUCGCGGCGCUGCUGCGCGGCGAGCUGCACGUGGCGCUGCUGCUGGCGCCCGCGGCGCGCGCUCCCGCCGCCGCCUGGCCGCUGCGCGACGCCGGCCUCGAUGAGUUGGGUGACGUGGCGCCCCCGGCAGCGCGCCGUUGUUACGCGCCUGGCGGCGCCAGCGCGCGCUCGCUGCUGGACCUGGCGGACGAGCGCGCCGCCGCCGAGCUGCACGCGCCCGCGGCCAACGCCAGCGCUGCCUUCCGGCCCGCGUGGUGCCCCACCGCCGCCUCCUGUGCCACCGUGCUGGUCCCCGACGAGGCCGAGCUGCGCGUGUUGGCCGACGUCAUCCGCGCGCAUCGGCUGCUCGCCGUCGCGCUGGCGCCGGGCGAGUCGGGCGCCGCCCCGCAGCCGGCGAUCGCGUGUGACUGGGCGCCGCAGGCGGGGCGCGCGCUGGGCCCGCCGCCGUGCGACGCGGCCGGCGACGACGAGUGUCCCUUCGAGAGCCGCCGCCUCGUGAAGUUGGUGAACGCGCGCGAGCUGGCGCGCUCGCCCCGCGCCGUGCGCGCGCUGGUGCGCCUGCGCCUGGCCGCCGCGCCGCUGGCCGAGCUGCGGCGGACGGCGCUGUGCGACGGGCCGGCGGCGGCCGCGGCGCAGUACGCGGCGGCGCACCCGGCGGCCGCGACGGUGCGUGAGCUGCGCGCCGCCGUGCUGCUGCCGAUAGACACGCGGCGGCGCGCGUUCGACGCGGGCGCGCUGGCGGCGGCGGCGGCGCUGGCGGAGGCGGACGCGGAGGCGGAGGCGGCGGCGGCGGGGGCGGGCGCCGCCCUGCGCUUCAAGGUGGAGACGCACGACGACGGCUGCGACGCGACGCGCGCCUUCGGCUUCCUGAACGACGCGCUGAACUCGCGCGAGUACGGCGCGCUGUCGGCGGUGUUCGGGCCGGCGUGCGGCGCCGCGUGGGCCGACGUUGCGCGCACGGCGCCGGGCCCGCUGCACGCGCUGCCCGUGGUGGCGUACAGCGCGCAGGCGCCGGCCGGCGCGCUGGCGCUGCUGGCCGCGGGCGACGCGCGCGCGGGCGCGGAGGCGCUGGGCGCGCUGUGCGCGGCGCUGGGCUGGCGGCGCGCGGCGGCGCUGUCGGACGCGGGCGCGCGCGCGGCGGUGGCGGCGCUGCGGCGGCGCGUGGAGCUGGCGGCGCACGUGGAGCUGGCAGGCGGCGAGCGGGCGGAGGCGGGCGCGGCGCGCGAGUGGGCGGCGCGCGCGGCGGCGGCGCGGGCGCGCGUGCUGCUGGUGCUGGCGGAGGACGCGCGGGCGGUGCGCGCGGCGCUGUGCGCGGGGCGCGCGGCGGGGCUGACGCCGGCGGCGGGCUGCGUGUGGGUGCUGCCCGCCACGCUGCCGGGCGGCGCGCUGGCGGGUGCGCCGGGCGACGCGUGCGACGCGCCGCAGCUGGCCGAGAUGCUGGACGGACACCUGAGCGUGGCGCCGCAGUGGGCGCUGCCGUGGCUCGACGACGAGGAGGACACUGUAAACAGCACGGACGCGAGCGCUGUGGAGGCGGGUGCGGCGGUGGACGCGGCGGCGGACGCGGCGGCGCGGCGGCGGUGGCGCGUGCGCUGGCGGGAGCAGUGCGGCCUGCAGCGCGAGCCGUGCGCGCGCGCCGGCCCGCACGCCGCGCUGCUGUACGACGCGUUGCUGCUGUGGGCCGCGGCGCUGCGCGAGCUGCCGCCGGCCGCCGACCUGCACCGGCCGGCGCUGGCGCGCGCGCUGCUGGCCAACGCCACGCGCCGCGCGCGCCGCGGCGUCACGGGCCGCUUCGAGUGGGCGGCCGUGGGCGACGCGGCGUACGCGCGCGCGGCGCCGCUCGCGCUGCUGCAGUGGGAGGGCGGCGCGCGGCGCGCGGCGGGCGACUGGGACGGGCGGCGCCUGCGCCUGGGCGCGCUGCGCUGGCGCACGGCGGACGGGCGCGCGCCCGACGACGGCGGCGACGCGUGCGCGCUGCAGCCGCUGGCCGACCUGCUGCGCAGCGGCUGCGGCGCGGCCACGGGCGCGCUGGCGGCGUUGCUGCUGGCGCUGGCGGCGGGCGCGCUGGCGGCGGCGGCGCUGCUGUGCCGGCGGCGCGCCGAACGCGCGUACCGGGCGCGGCUGGAGGAGCUGGGCCUGCACGCGCUGCUGCCCAAGAGCCUGGGCCUGGACCGCUGGGAGCUGCCGCGCGAGCGCGUGGUCAUCACGCGGCGGCUGGGCGCGGGCGCCUUCGGCACGGUGUACGGCGGGCACGCGCUGCUGGGCGAGGCGGGCGGCGCCUGGACCGCCGUGGCCGUGAAGACGCUGCGCGCGGGCGCCGGCACGGACGAGAAGCUGGACUUCCUGUCGGAGGCGGAGGCCAUGAAGCGCUUCGAGCACCGCAACGUGGUGCGCCUGCUGGGCGUGGUGACGCGCAGCGCGCCCGUGUGCACCGUCAUGGAGUUCAUGCUGCACGGCGACCUCAAGAGCUUCCUGCUGGCGCGGCGCCACCUGGCGGCCGGCGAGCCCGGCGACGCCGAGGCGCUGACGCCGCGCCGGCUCACGGCCAUGGCGCUGGACGCGGCGCGCGCGCUGGCGUACCUGGCGCAGCUGCGCUUCGUGCACCGCGACGUGGCGGCGCGCAACUGCCUGCUGGGCGCGCGCCUGCAGCUCAAGCUGGCGGACUUCGGCAUGACGCGGCUGGUGUUCGACAAGGACUACUACCGCCUGCGCCGCAAGGGGCUGCUGCCGGUGCGCUGGAUGGCGCCCGAGAGCCUGGCGCGCGGCGUGUUCUCGCCCGCGUCCGACGUGUGGGCCUUCGGCGUGCUGCUCUACGAGAUCGUGACGUUCGGCGCGCUGCCCUUCCGCGGGCUGGGCAACGCGCAGGUGCUGGCGCGCGUCACGGCGGGCGGCGCGCUGGCGCUGCCGCCGGGCCUGCGCCCGCAGCUGGCGGGCCUAGUGCGCGCGUGCUGGGCGCGCGAGCCCGCCGCGCGGCCCGCCGCCGCCGAGCUGGUGGCGUUCCUGGCGGAGUGGCCGCGCCUGCUCACGCCGUGCCUGGACGUGCCGCCCGACGCGCUGCCGCUGGCCGAGCUGCCGCCCGAGGACGGCGACUGGCGCCUGCCGCGCUGGGCGUCGUGGGCGGCGCCCGCGUCCAGCGCCACCGACACCACGUACCUCAGCGCCGACGGCGAGCGCCCGGACUGACGAGGAGGCGAGUGGCGAGCGCCCGAACCGACAAGAGACACUAGUAAUUGUAAUGAUUGUAAAUUAUUUCUGUAAAUUAUUGUAAAUAAAGCCCUUUAUUUUUACACUUUCAAA